AUGUCCCCUGACUCCUGGGCCCCACAUCUGAACCGCUACCGCCCACCCGCGGGUGCCUUCAGGGUUGCCAACACCCCUGUGUCCCCAGACUGUGGGAAGCCUCAGCAGCUGAACCGGGUCGUGGGUGGUGAGGACAGCAUGGAUGCCCAGUGGCCUUGGAUUGUUAGCAUCCUCAAGAAUGGUACCCACCACUGUGCAGGCUCCUUGCUCACCAACCGUUGGGUGGUCACAGCUGCACACUGCUUCAGGAGCAAUGUGGACACACCUUCUCUCUUCUCAAUAUUGUUAGGGGCCUGGCAGCUGGGGAACCCAGGCCCUAGGUCCCAGAAAGUAGGUGUUGCUUCGGUGCUGCCCCACCCCAGGUAUUCUUUGAAGGAGGGAACCCGUGCAGACAUUGCGCUGGUGCGGCUGGAACACUCCAUUCGGUUCUCUGAGCGAAUCCUGCCCAUCUGCCUUCCUGACUCCUCUGUCCGGCUCCUUCCCAACACCGACUGCUGGAUCGCAGGCUGGGGAAGCAUUCGUGAUGGAGUGCCCCUGCCCCACCCUCAGACCCUUCAGAAGUUGAAGGUGCCCAUCAUCGACUCCGAAGUCUGCAAACGUUUGUACUGGCGGGGCGCGGGGCAGGAAGCCAUCGCUGAGGACAUGCUGUGUGCCGGUUACCUGGAAGGGGAGCGGGAUGCUUGCUUGGGCGACUCUGGGGGUCCCCUAAUGUGUCAGGUGGAUGACGCCUGGUUACUGACUGGCAUUAUCAGCUGGGGAGAGGGCUGCGCUGAACGCAACCGGCCCGGCGUGUACACCAGCCUCAUCGCUCACCGCUCCUGGGUGCAGAGGAUCGUGCAAGGGGUGCAGCUGCGCGGGCACUUGGUGGACCAUGGGAACACUGGGAGCUCUCCUAAGCUGGCAGCCUCCGGAGCUCUCUCGGCUGUAAAUACGUUUUCUACCUCCGGGAGGCGCCCACGGCCUGCACAGGAGAGCAAGGAAGUCUUAGCCCCGCCCACAGUGAGGCCCCGCCCCUCAAUCGAGAAAACACACACUCGUCUCCCCCUCUCUCAAUGAUUUUUUAGUUAUUUGUAAAUAACUUGUAAAUACAUAUUUGUAAAACCAUGCCCACAUAU